UCAGUCUCAAUUCUACUGUCAUAGACUUUAGCAACGCAACUAAUUGUAAUAAUUAAUUGCAAUUACUUAGCUUGCAAUAUCUACUAGUGGUCUGAUGAAUCAAUACCUCGGUUGCCAUUGACAUCAACCCUUUGUAUAUUUCUCUCAUAUCAAACUGUGGAUUGACAAUGUGAUGAAUUUUAAUUGCAAUACAACACAAUGAGUAUUUUAAAAUUGAUACUAAUCAGUGUUACAAUAAAUUUAUUUGAAAAUUGCAAUGGACGUUAUUUGGAGGGUCUUAAUAUCAACUUGGGCGAGGCCUUGCAAUUUUUACGAGAGUAUGAUCAAGAAGCUUCUGCUAUUUGUAAUAAAGUUAUGAUGGCGCAGUGGAAUUUUGCUACAAAUAUCACUGACAAUAAUCGUAGAAAAAUGUUGGAUGAGCAGACAUUGAAACUCAAAUUUGAAAGAUCUUCAUGGCGCAAAGCAGUUAAUUUUGCAUGGACACGAAUUCCUGAUCCUUUGGCAAGAAGACAAUUAAAAAUUAUUACCAUGAAAGGAAGAAAUGCUUUGACUCAAGAUAAAUUUAAUGAAAUCCAUCAUCUGAUAGUCGAAAUGAAGGAACUCCAUACCCGAGCUCGACUUUGUCCCUACAAAAAAAUGGGCACUGCUUGCGACAUGGAUAUGAGUGCGGACGUUGGCAAAAUAAUGGCACAGUCACGAGAUUACGAGGAGUUGCUUCACUACUGGAGAGCUUGGCAUGAAGCUGUUGGACCACCGCUUAAAAAUAAGUAUAUGAGAUAUGUCCAAUUGGCUAAUCAAGCAGCCCGGCUUAAUGGAUUCACUGACGCUGGAGAUCAGAUGCGUGAAGCAUACGAGGAUGAUUACUUCCAACAGAAUAUUGCUGAAGUUAUUUCAGCAAUAAAUCCGCUUUAUAAAAAUCUUUUUACUUAUGUAAGGACAAAGUUGAUUGAUAGAUACGGUGAUAAAGUCCGUCCAGAUGGUCCACUACCGGCUCACUUAUUGGGAAAUAUGUGGGCGCAGAAUUGGGAGGGAAUUUAUGAUUUAGUGGAACCUUAUUCUGGGGCAAGUCGAUUUGACGUUACUUUAGAAAUGAUUAUUCAAGGAUUUACUCCUUUGAGAAUGUUCCAAGUCGCUGAAGAUUUUUUCACAUCACUGGGUAUGAAACCAACGCCGCCAGAAUUUUGGAGAUUUUCAAUGUUUGAAAAGCCAAUUGAUCGUGAAGUUAAAUGUACUGCUAGUGCUUGGGAUUUUUGUAAUAAAAUAGAUUACAGAAUUAAACAGUGUACGAAAGUGACGAUGGAAGAUUUGCUGUCAACUCAUCAUGAAAUGGCCCACAUCCAAUACUAUCUCCAGUACAAAGACCAGCCAUACAUCUUUCGCAAUGAAGCACUUCCAGGAUUCCAUGAGGCAGUCAGUGAUGCUAUUGAAUUAUCAAUAAUGAACCCGCGACAUUUUCAAAGAAUAGGCCUGUACAAUAAUUCAACUGAAGAUUACGAGCGUAAUAUUAAUUUUUUAAUGCUCAUGGCGCUGCGUAAAAUAGUCUAUUUACCUUUCGCUUAUAUUAUUGAUCAAUGGAGAUGGAGAGUAUUUAGCGAUGGAGUAGCAGAUAUGACAACUCGCUGGUGGGAAUUGAGACUCCAGUACCAAGGAAUCGUGCCGCCUUUACCGAGGCUUGAACGAGACUUUGAUCCUGGUGCUAAAUAUCACAUACCAGCGGAUAUUCCUUACACAAAAUAUUUUGUUGGAGCUGUCAUGCAGUUUCAGUUGUUUGAAUCUCUUUGUGACAUAUCAGGACACGUUGGAGAUUUGCAUCUGUGUGAUAUUUAUCGAUCACAAGAAGCUGGUCGUUUAUUAUCAGAAAUAUUAUCACAAGGAUCAUCAAGAAGUUGGCAAGAAGUAGUAAGAAUAAUGACACGAGGAAAAAUGAAUAGAAUUGACGUAGGUCCUAUGCUGAGAUACUUUGAGCCAUUAUUUAAAUGGUUGCAACGUCAAAAUGAAAUUGAACCGAUUACCGGAUGGAUUACAAGUCAAGAUGAUACUUUACUUUUUGCCCACUGGUACAGAAGUUCAACGGCUAAAUUAAAAGCUUGGAUACCAAGCAUACUGAUUCCUUCAAUAGUUUGUUUAUUGCGAUGACAAAUAAAAUUGCUUUUAAUUUUGUAAAUAUUAACAGUUUAUCAAUCGCUUUUAUUGUACGAAAGAAAACUAUUUAUUUAUAACUUAUUGCAGUCAAGAUUAAAAAAGUUUGAAUUUAUAUAAAAAAAAUGAGGUAUGGGAUUUGAAAUUAUCCUGUACUAGUAUAAAUGUUAAAAUAAAAGAUAUUAUAGUUUAAUUAUUUAU